UAGUGCUCAGGUUGACCCUUAAAUUAGGUGUGGCCUGAAACUCUAGGUGUGGCUUAUAACAAAACAAACAAUUGUAGAUACCGGUUUGUCAGCAACAAGAAGAAGGGCGUAUGAUAGUUCUGCUCUGUAUUUUACCUCUCCCAACUGACAGGAAGCUUCAACACUGUUUCUGCUCUGGAGACAAGUAUGAUUAUGGAGGAUACCAUUUCACGUGAACAAAUCCCGGCCAGCACUCAGCCUGACAUGGAGAGUGACCAAAGAGAAAGCAAAGAAGUCUCAAAUGUUCAAGCCAACAACAAAGAAACUGUAGAGAGUACAUCUCAACCCUCUGGUGACCCACAACCGGAGGAGGUAAUGUGUGAUUCCUGUAUUGAGACACCUCUCAAGGCGUCCAAAUCCUGCCUGACCUGCAUGGUGUCCUACUGUGAGGAGCACCUGAGGCCGCAUCUAGAGAACAGCAAAUUCCAGAGCCAUAAGUUAGUGGAGCCUCAGCUGGACAUGGAGCAGCGCAUAUGUGAGCAUCACCACCUGGAACUGCAGAUGUACUGUAUGAAGGACAGCUGUUGCAUUUGUCCACAGUGCGAGACAGAAGGACACCAAGGGCACAAUGCCACUCCAAUAGAUGAGGCACGCAAAAAUAUCGAGAGCGAUCUACAACAAAAACAGAAGGAAAUGCUGAAGACCGUAACAGCUGCAGAACAGGCUAUUAACAGGCUACAGAGCAACUCUGCAUCCAUCGAAAGCUCUGUAGUUGGGGUUCACGCUGAAAUUGAGCAGCAGUUCUCAAUCCUGCAAAGUGCGAUUGAAGACGCCCGAAAGCAAGCUUUUGACCUUCUGGAAGGGGAACACAAGCAGGCAGUGAGUCAGGCAGAGAGCAUCCAUAGCCACCUGAAGCAGAAGAUGCUUGAGCUGAAGAAGACCAUGGGUCAAGUGGAGCGAUUUUCAAAGAAUAAGAAUCAUGUCGAUUUUUUACAGGAAUACACAGAGUGGAAAAAGGGCUCGGUGGAUGUGUGCUUACCUGGCAUUUACAUCAGUCUCAUAGACCGACUGACCACUUUUAGUCACGUUGUUAAAGAAUCAACUCAGGCCUUGUGUGAUCUGCUGCAGUCCACCUACAACGUUCAGCUCAAGGAACUUUGUAAAAGUGAGACACUAGGCAUUAAGACGUUGGUACACCCAAGUUCUCCAAUCAAGCGGCAAGCGUUUGCCCCUGAGCCUGUGAUUAGAGAUGACUUUCUUAAAUAUGCCACCAACCUGAGUUUCAAUCCUGACUCCACACACAAGUUCCUGAGACUCACCGAAGACAACAGAAAAGCCAGCAACACCACGCCCUGGCAACACAAUUACCCUGACACGCCUGAGCGCUUUGAGCACUGGCGACAGGUGAUGACCUCAGAGAGCCUUUACAUGGGCCGCCAUUACUUUGAGGUGGACCUGAGCGGAGAGGGAGUUUAUGUAGGACUCACGUACAAAAGCAUCCACCGUAAAGGUCAAGAAAGCAGCAGCUGUAUCACAGGCAAUGAUUUUUCAUGGUGCAUUGGACGAGAAAGCCAUGGCUUCUCAGCAUGGCACUCUGAUGUAGAUACCUCUCUCGAAGUAGAGAAUUUCCACAGGAUUGGAUGCUACAUAGACUAUGAAAAGGGUUUGCUGGCCUUCUAUGGUAUAGCUGAGACUAUGAAACUUAUUAAUAAAUUUACUGCUAGCUUCCGGGAGCCGUUAUACCCCAUCUUCUGGCUCUCCAAGAGGGACAAUACAGUUGUUCUAGUUAAGCCAGGAUCAAGUUCAGACUUGCAAUGA